CAAUAUUUCAACAAUAUGAACAACGAAAGAGAGAAUCAAAACAAAACCCUCUCUCCCAACAAUGAAUCUGGCCCUCAGAUCGAUAUCGACAUACCAUCCAAUCCUCUUACCUCUGACACUGGCGACAAUCAAAUAUUCGACCUGGUGCUUGUAGAUAUGGUUGCUUCCUACAAGACCCAACGACUUGUUUGUGUUAAAAGAAACAUGUAUCAAGCUGGAUCGUCUUACAAAUAUGUCUGUGUCAGUUACCGAUGGGGUGAAUACAAUGAGCAAAUUGCCCUCACACCGGAUUACAACGCACAUGUGACCAGUUUUGGGAUUUCAGAUUUGAUCAACUUGUGUACACAAAUAUUGUAUUGGAAUUACCAAGAGCAUGUAAAAGAACACGGUAUUGAUGAUGAAGAAGAAGAUGAUGAUGAUGACGAUGAUGAUGACUAUUGUGAUGGCAGGCCUAGGUUUCUAUGGGUAGAUGCUAUCUCCGUGGAUCAAAUGGAUCACUCACAUAAAAAGACGACCGUUCAUCGUAUGAAGGAAAUUUAUGCCAGAGCUGAGAUGAUCAUUGCUGUUCCUGAUUUGCACAUAGCCUAUCUCCUCAAGGACCCAAACAGUCGUGAAUAUAUCAUCACUCUCACCAAGAAUGGAAAAAGGGUACAUCGCCAUAUCACAUUGCAGUGUAUGAAUAAAGAAAGCGAUGACAAUGAAGACGAUAUUAAAAAUGAUCAAGUUGGUCAAGAAAACAUUGAUGUUCAGGAACAAAAAAGUCAAGAUGAAAGUAAUCGAGGUACACAUAAACACCGAGGAUUUAGACAAUUCUUCAAAGACACUAUACGUCAAUCACGUUUAGCAACUAGUGGUCACGAUGGAAACAAAGGAAUAACAGAAAAUAAUAUUCAAGAUCCUGUUAUUGACGACGAUGUGCUAUUCAAAUCGGAUGAUGAAAAGGGAGGUGACACACAAAAGAAGGAUGAUGAUGAUGGUAAAACGACGCCCACUUGCAAUACCGAUAAAGAAAGCGAUCACGAUCACCAAAAAAACCAAUCUUGCCUUUGUGACGUGGGGAUGAGCCAAAUAGAAAAAGAAGAUUACAAUCGUGCAUUGACAUACUUGAAGCAUGUGGUUGAUGAUUGGGCGAAUCGCGUGUGGGUGAUUAGUGAAUGCAGUAUUGGACGAAGAAGUAAGAUGAAGCUAUGGUUCCUCUCCAUUGGUUAUUACCUUCGCAUUGCCGACCGGCCUUCUCAACUUUUGGAUUUGUUUAAUGAGGAGCGACCUACCAUUUUUGAUCAACCUUUGAAAGAAAGAUCUUUUUUGGACAUGAUGCUGAAUUCAAACGCUACACGAAAUGAAGAUCGAUUCUAUGCCAUUCUUCCAUUAUUCAAGGAAUUCAAACCCUUUGCUGAUAAUCAUGACAUCUCCAAUUGGGGUAUCACCGAUAUGCUCUCUGUUCGGCUUCAGCUAUUUCGUAUGGUCAAUUUUCAAGAAAAGCUUGCCAUCUUGUUGUCUUGCACCAUCAUCAACUUUUCUUCUGAUGUUAUCCUUCCAUCCUUCGCUUCAAAUUAUAAUCAUUAUUUCUUCAAUGUAGCCACUGGUCUUAGCUACAAAACGGCGUGGUUGAAGGAUAUUGAAUUACUUAAGGAUGAAGAUAUCAAUCGUGAUUAUCUUCGUAUCACUGUACCUUGGUCAAGAACAUUCACGGAUACUACGCUUUCUCAUGAUCUCGUUAUUACUAAACAUGCUCGUGGAAAAUUGGGAUUGGACGCUUCUGAAGUGAUGACGGUUUUCAUACCUAUCGUCGUUCAUGAUGAAAGAACAAAUCAUACCAUGGGUGUCAAGUUGCUAGGGAACCGACAAAAAAACAUAUGGGUUAUGCUUAAUAGGAUGAUGGAUUUGGUAGAUGUGCCUCCUUCUGAUGCUUCUUCCAAUAAGGUUUCCGUUGUCGAACAUCAUACACCUCAUAGAUCAGAUUCUUUGGAUAUGCUAUGGUCAGAUAAACAUGAAAAUGAUCAAGUAUUUCACUUGUAUUAG